AAUUCAGGGGGAGAAGCCAAGGCGAAUCGAAAGCCCGAAUCCGAAGAUGUUCCAGACCAACACCGAGUAUGACCGUGGCGUGAACACGUUCUCGCCUGAGGGACGACUCUUCCAGGUGGAGUACGCCAUCGAAGCCAUCAAGAUGGGCACCACGGCUAUCGGUAUCCGCACAAAAGAGGGCGUCGUGCUAGCGGUGGAGAAGCGACUGACAUCGCCGCUUCUUGAGCCUGGCAGCAUUGAGAAGAUCAUGGAGGUCGACAAGCAUGUGGGCGCUGCAAUGAGCGGUAUCACUGCCGACGCGCAGACACUGAUUGACCACGCGCGUGUAGAAGCCACCAAUCACUGGUUCUCGUACAACGAGCCUGUGCGCGUGCAGGCAUUGACGCAGUCCAUCUGCGACUUGGCGCUGAGCUUCGGUGAGGGCUCAGACGAGAACAACCACAAGCAAAAGAUGAGCCGUCCGUUCGGUGUGGCUCUGCUGCUAGCUGGAGUAGAUGAGGCCGGACCGCAGCUCUUCUUCUCCGAGCCCUCGGGCACGUACUGGCCCGUGAAGGCCCACGCUAUUGGCUCUGGAUCGGAAGGGGCACUGAACAACCUCAAGGAUGGCUACACUGACGAACUGACAUUGCAGGAGGCCGAGACACUUGCUAUUGGCGCUCUGAAGCAACACAUGGAGGAGAAGCUCACUAGCAUUAACGUGGAAUUGGCUGUUGUCACGCGCGAGAAGGGCUUCCACGUCUGCACUGCUGAGGAGCUGGAGGUCGUGAUCGGUCGUCUGUAGACGAGUAUACGCUGCUAGUCCUCGAACUUAAAAAUGCACCCGCUUUUGGUGAUUCUUCAGUAUGUGAAGUCUUGAAUGAACUCCAAGUGCGGACCUCGUUUGCAUCAUUUUGCUGCGACUGUCGUUUGCUAAUUUUUGAUGAUAUUGCCAGAAAUUCCACACGUGGUUUGUUGAGCGUGAUGAAGCUCGAGCGUAAACGAUUUUCUCGUCUACAAUCGUGCUCACCUCGAGACGUUUGCCGCACUGCAACAAGGGUGCAAUUGUUAGACAAGCAAGCCAGAAACCAAACAAGAAACAAAUGUCGUCAAUAUCAACUAAUUUUGAGAUACU